ACGCUGCUUCUUUUUAACAGAGAGACUUAGCUAGUACGUACGUGUACGUUGACUGUGAGAGAGUGUUCAGAAGUAUAAUAGUGCCGUGUAAAGAGAGAAAGAGGGUGUUGGAGCUGUCUCGACGCCGUUCUAUUUUCGUCGGCGCGCCACUGCUGGCCCAGAUUCAACGCGACCGUCACGAGAGAAAGAAAGAGAGAGCGAGAGAGAGAGAGAGAGAGAAAGAGAGAAAGAGAAAGAACGAGCAAACAAGUUAUCUUCUUCUCUCUUUACGGAAAAAGAGUGAAAGAGUCGAGCGAAACAAUCGAAUAUAUAUAUAUAUCUUUCUCUCUCAUAGCGAAAAAGAAAAUCGCGCAUACCGAAACUCCCCGAUCGACCAAUCACCGGUGACCGCAGCCGUUCUCAGUGCCUCAUAAUCUUUCGUCCAGUACGGAUCGUUCUCAUUCUCUCUUCUUCGGUGAAUUUUGUGUUCUACAAACCUCGCGUUAUCGUCAACGAAACGAGGACCAAACGUGAAAUAGGCAGCCUAGUCCUGGAAGAUAUUUGGAUGAGAGCGUCUCGAACGCUCCUAGAAUGUGACUACGAAGUGAUGCUUUUCCUAGUGAGUGCAUCCUCACAUACAUGGAGUUUCAGCUGGAUAGCGCAGAGUACUGCCAGGCUCAACACAAAUAGAGAGAUACGUCCAAGCAUCGUGAUAACACCUACCAUCAGGUAUCGUUGAAGCGUGGAGCGAAGGAAAGAGAGUGAGAGAGAGAGAGAGAGAGAGAGAGAGAGAGAGAGAGAGAGAGAGAGAGACAUCGUGGGAAGAUCAAAGCAUCAGAAAUAUUUGGAUCAUCAUCGGGGAGAGUGUUGUUAGAGAAAAGAAAAUCAGCUAGUCAUCACGCAAGACGUAGAAGAAUUUAAUAGAAACAAUUGUUAAUUUACAUUAAUAAAUGCAAACGCCAUAGUCACCGAUCGCGCCUGAUCCAGGAGCACUUAUUGCCAAAUAGAUUAUCUUCCGAAUAGUAGUCGAAGAGAUCCCAGGUGGGAAUAAAUCGCAUAUCAACACCGCCUAAUGUAACGUAGUCCUCACCCCCCCUUCGGCGAAAUUCGCGCUCAGCUACCCUUCCCAAGGUCUACAUGUAAACCCACUGUUCUGUCCUCUGUAAAAAAUUAACAAAGUAUUCGAUUAGUUAAAUGAAAAAACAACUUUAUAAGACUGACAUCUAUGGGCUAAGUUGUCAAAUUCAGCCCAGCUUCGCAUAGUGUGGCACAUUUGCAAAAGAUUCGACAAAAAGAGAAACAAACAAACAAAAAAAAGAAGAAUCGUAAAUUUGAGCGUCGUAUAAAGUCACCCGGGCGAGAAAACAUAGAAAAAAAAAAAAAAAAAAAAAAAAAAAAAAAUAAUAAGGAAAUCCUUUUAAAAGUUAUUUCACAAAAAGAGAGAAGGAAAAAGAUAUAAAACACUUGUAGCUGUAAGAGGAAAUGAGCAACAUGAGGGUAAAGGAUAUCAGGCCGGCGCCCGCCGAGAUUGAAUACAAAAACAUGAAGUUCCUCAUUACUGAUCGGCCCAAUGAUCAGACCAUUCAUACUUUUAUUCAAGAACUGAAAAAGCACAAUGUGAAAGAAGUAGUGAGAGUCUGUGAACCAACGUACAAAGUUGAAGAACUUAAGACAGAAGGGAUCAAUGUCAUAGAUUUGGUAUUUGACGAUGGGACGUUUCCACCAAAUGAGGUAGUCGAUGAAUGGUUCGAGCUACUAAAAAAUCGAUUCCGUGAAACACCUGAUGCUUGCGUAGCGGUACACUGUGUCGCAGGGCUCGGUAGAGCGCCCGUAUUAGUUGCUCUUGCUCUCAUCGAAUUGGGUCUCAAAUACGAGGACGCUGUUGCUCUGAUUAGAGAAAAAAGGCGAGGCGCUAUAAACGCAAAGCAACUGGCCUACCUUGAAAAGUAUCGUCCCAAGUCUCGAUUGAAGCUCAAAAAUGGACAGAAAAAUUCUUGCUGCAUCCAAUAAAUAAAUAAAUAAAAUAAAGUAAAAUAAAAAAAAAAAAGAAGAAAAGAAAUAAUCUUUUAAAAUGAACUUACUAAUUCACAUAAUUGGUAUACCUAAUUGUAUGGGUUUCCGCGCCUGAUAACAAGUGACAUUGUACACGACUCUGUCAAAUGGCCUACCAGUGGAAAUGCAACCAAACAAUGAAUCAUUGCCAAUGGCGAUGUUUGUACCAUCCCACGUGUCUAAAAUAAGCAAUCGAGAGUGUAAUUCAGGUGCUUUAAAUCGUGGCACUUUUCAUUUACGAAAGUUGUAUAUUUAUUUUUGAUACUUAACCCAUAUUGAAUUCCAUAGGACAAAAUAAGCGUUUAUAUUGUAAGAACUGUACCUCUAACACUAAAGAACGAGUAUUACCGAAUGCUGAAAUACAUUUGCACCGCUUGUCAAAUUUCAAAUCGCAUUAAAUUGUAUAUUAUAUGAAAUAUAUCAGAGAUAUUUUCUUUUACUUUCUAUAUCUUCGGAAUAUCUAUCGAUCUAUUUUGUUAGAGAGUUCUGGAGGCCAAUCCACAGACUUACAUAGUAGUACAACAUCACGUUAGACGAUCGAUGAAAUAUUUUAGCAUGCGAUAAUAUUGUAUGCUUAUCAUUUAACCGAUCGAUCUCUGAUGAACAUGGUUCCUUUCGCGUUGAGAUUAUGCAAAGCUGUGAAAUGCAGCUUCCAGAGGAAUUUAGUGCAAUACGAAUGGCGCAUAAGAUUUUUUCGAGAUAAAUAAAGCAUAGCACCGUGUAUAUAUCUGUUUAAUAUUAAACAAACAAAACAAAACAAAACAAAAAAAAAAUCAUUUGACUCAACUUGCUUCAAUGGGGAAAGAAAAUAUUCACAAGAUUUUUUUCUUUUUUUUUUUUCUCUUUUUUUUCUUUUUCUUUUCUUUUUUUUUUUUUUUUUUUGUUUAAGGAAAAAUAAAGUAUCGCACUUUGCAAACACGAGAUGAUGAAUCAUAAAAUUGAUUUGUUUAAUAAAAAGAGAGUCUUCUCUUCUACGAUAUUAAUAAUGAAAUAAUCAUGUAUUAUUAAAGAAAAACGCAUAAGGCAUAUAUCGACAAGGUGUGGUACUUGCGCUAACGGUAUUGUUUCUAUCUUAUUUGACUUACACGAGAAAAGAUCAUGAAAAGCGAGCUAACUUGCUGCAGUAAAUUCUAAAAAGCGAUCACACUUUAUUCUUAUAACGAGUACUUAAAUUUAUCUCGAUAUUUAAAAAAAAAAAAAAAAUAAAAAAAUAAAAAAAUAAAAAAA